GUCAUAAAGGAACGGAAGAUGUCUUCACGAUGCGCUACAGCGGUGCAUAGAUGCGUCAACGCUCAGCUGUCAGGGCACGCGUUUAAAUGAAAAGGAAGGAAGGAUAAAGAAAUAUUGGGGAAGAAGACACGCAGGCCAUUCAGGUUUAUGUCUCCUGACAGUGUGUGUUUGUUGAACAGUCAGGGACAAUGAGUUCGACCACAAAUGAAGAAUUUAAAGAGAAAUUACUAUGGACCGUGAAAAGAGAAGUGAAGCAGAUAAUGGAGGAGGCUGUGACCAAGAAGUUUGUGCACGAGGACAGCAGCCACAUCAUCGCACUUUGCAGUUCCAUUGAAGCUUGCUUAAGCCACCUGCUGAAGCGACGAGCCGCUGGGUUCCUCCGCAGCGAUAAGAUCGCCGCCCUCUUCACCAAGAUCGGCAAGGUGAAUGCCACGGCGAGCGAUGUGUGCCGCAAGGUGCAGGAGCAGCUACAGCAGCAGAGCGAAAUUGCAAGGAGAACCCAGAGCACAGGUCAGGAGCCUCUCAGAAGACAGGGAUCCUCUGCAGGCCGGGCUCCUCAGCCUCUCUCUGCCCAGGCCAUCAAACACAUAUGGGUCCGCACAGCACUCUUCGAGAAAGUCCUGGACAAAAUUGUGCAGCAUAUUGUGGAUAACGCAAGUAAGUAUUAUGAAAGGGAGGCUCUCAUUCACGACUCGGUUUUUGGUCCCAUACUGGCUGCACUUCUGGUGGGUCCCUGUGCACUGGAGUACUCCAAACUCAAGACGUCAGAUCAUUUCUGGACGGACCCGUCAGCAAAUGAGCUUGUGCAAAGACACCGCAUCCACGGGGCCCACAGAGGACAAGAGGUCUCGCCAGGUCGCAGGCCUGCCCUCGGGAUCCGGAAGCGGCAGUCCAGUGGCAGCAUGUCUGAGGAUAAAUUUGCGGCCUCGGCGAGAGAGUAUGUCGAAUCCCUCCAUCAAAAUUCACGUGUUCACUUGCUGUACGGAAAGAACAACGUACUUGUUCAACCGAAGAAGGAUAUGGAGGUCCUACGUGGUUACCUGUCCCUUCAUCAGACGGCUGAGACCCUCACGCUGAAGUGGACGCCCAAUCAGCUGAUCAACGGCACUCUGGGAGACUGCGACCUUGAGAAGAGUAUUUAUUGGGAUUACGCAUUGACUGUGCCUUUAAGACAGAUCGUCUGCAUUCAUUGUCACCAGCGCCCAGACUGUGGUGGUACUCUGGUGUUAGUAAGUCAGGAUGGAAUCCAGCGGCCUCCUCUGCACUUCCCUCCUGGGGGUCACCUGCUAGCUUUUCUGUCCUGCCUGGAGACAGGUCUGUUGCCCCGGGGUCAGCUAGAGCCCCCUCUCUGGUCACAGAGGGGUAAGGGGAAAGUCUUCCCUAAGCUUCGUAAAAGGAACAGCACGGCACGUUUGGUGGAUCAAGACGGAGAUGGAGAGGAACAGAUUGCUGCAGACUAUGUGUUUCGUAUCGUUUAUCCGGGAUACCAUCACGACUCAACAGUCACUAUAAACUACCACCACACCACGGGCAGCCGUGCGCCCUCUCUGGACGAUGACGAGGAGGAGGAAGAUAGACUUCACGCAAUGAUCUCAAUGAUCUGCUCACGGAACCUCACAGACCCUAAUGUCAUGAAAGACCACGGGGAUAUGGUGGAGAUGCAGGGCUUCGGCGGCAGUCCGUUGUCAUGGCAGCAGGGCGAGUGCACCAGUCGUAUGUCAUCGUGUUUGUCCUGCUCUACCGGAGGCAGCAACGCUUCCGUCGAGCUUCCUGCAAGCUGCACGUGCAUGCACGACCGCAUCCCUCUGAAGAUGCUGUGCCAAAAUAUGAAGAGACAGAUUGUGUCUCGAGCGUUUUAUGGCUGGCUGGCGUACUGUCGACAUCUGUCAACCGUGAGGACUCACCUCUCAGAGCUGGUCAACAGUAAUAUUGUCCCUCUGGACAAACAGUGUGAAGCUUCCGGAGGGCUUAGUAAAGACGUGUGGAGUAAAUAUCAGAAGGACUGUAAGAAUUAUAAAGAGCUGGAGCUGCUGCGAUUGGUUUAUUACGGAGGGGUGGAGCAUGAGAUCAGAAAAGAGGUGUGGCCGUUUUUGUUAGGUCACUAUAAAUUUGGAAUGGACAAGAAAAACAUGGCACAGAUUGAUGAGAAGAUCACAGCUAGGUAUCAGCAGGUGAUGCGCGAGUGGAAGGCGUGUGAGGUCAUUGUGAAACAGCGGGAGAAGGAGAUGCAGUCGGCCAUCUUUGCCAAGCUGUCGUCAGGCAGCAGUAUAGACAGUCACGUCCUCAGACUCAUCCACAGAGACUCGACUAUCAGUAAUGAGGUAUUCAUGUCAGUGGAUGAACCUGAUGCUGGUGGUCAUAACACAUCAUGCGAGGGAGACAGUACACCCACCUUAACCACUGUGGUGACCCCGGCUAUGCUAGCCCCAGAUGAGAGACCUCUGGUGGAGUUUGACUCUCCAGAUUCAGGUCUGCCCUCCUCCAGACACUACUCGGUGACAUCUGGACAUUCCCAAAUCAUGUCUAGCAUAGAUGACGGACAGAGCAUGGAGGAAGACACCACGCCCACCGGGACUAUAGAGGAGCAGGGUGGACAGGACCCUUUGAGUGAAGACAAACUCUGCAGUCAGCUGGAAAGACUCACAACCGCCAAUGAGGGCACUGCACCUUCCUUUUCCUCUUAUACGAUUGAGUUGUUGGACAAGGUGGCGCUGAAUCUGCACAGAAUUGAUAAAGACGUCCAGCGUUGUGACCGUAACUACUAUUACUUCACUACAAGCAAUCUGGAGAAACUACGCAACAUCAUGUGCAGUUAUGUGUGGGAACAUCUGGAGAUUGGCUAUGUGCAAGGCAUGUGUGACCUUCUAGCCCCUCUGAUGGUAAUUUUGGAUGAUGAGUGCUUGGCCUACAGCUGUUUCACUCAGCUCAUGAAAAGAAUGAGUCAGAAUUUUCCUACCGGAGGAGCUAUGGACACUCAUUUCGCCAACAUGAGGUCACUCAUACAGAUCCUGGACUCUGAGUUGUUUGAGCUCAUGCAUCAGAAUGGAGAUUACACACAUUUCUACUUCUGUUAUCGCUGGUUCCUUUUAGACUUCAAAAGAGAGCUUCUCUAUGAGGAUGUGUUUGCAGUAUGGGAGGUCAUCUGGGUGGCCCCCCGCAUCUCUUCCAAGCACUUCGUCCUCUUCAUUGCACUGGCCUUGGUGGAGGUGUACAGGGACAUCAUCCUGGACAACAACAUGGACUUCACAGACAUCAUCAAAUUCUUUAACGAGAUGGCAGAGCGCCACGACGUGCAGCACAUCCUCCGAAUAGCGCGGGAGUUGGUACACAAGGUCCAGACCCUCAUCGAGAACAAGUGAGGAUGCAGAGAACGGAAGACUAACGCCCACCAAGCCUUACCUUGCCGUUUCUAAUCUUCUCGCUCUCCGCACGAGCCUUUGGACCACCAACGGUCACGUGGACUUCAACUUCUGACUCUGAAUAUCGUUUGCCUGCCACAGAAUGCCGUUGUGUCAGACUCUGACGUUGUCUGCAUGCUCGUGGUGUUUUAAGCACACUGUGACUGAGGUUUUUUCUUUUUUGCCGUACACGCCUCCAGCACACAUAUCAUGUCCCUUUAGUUUUAUUAAAACCGGGUCGACAGCCGUCUCCAUUCCAUAAUGGCCCGAAUCGAAGUAUUCAGCGCUUAGUGGUAAAUCACUGGAGGUUGGUGCUGUUGUUAUACGGUUAUCUUUGAUAUAGCCCUCAAAUAAUGUCUUAGCCACGAAGAAGUCGCUAACACAGUGUGUGACCAAAAGGACUGUGCCAAUGACCUUGUUAUAGUAUUUAUAUAGCUCGUUUUAUAGUUCUUUUUGUUCGUUUUGCCUUUAUGACUAGUCGCCCGUUCUUCUGAUCAUGGAAUAAAAACAGUUGACGUUGCCUUCAUAAUACGUUUCACUCGCACCCAUACUUUUGCACUUUGAAUCUGUUGAAACACCAGUGAUGCUCCUUUAGCCUCACACAGGAGGAAUAGGGGUUGAGGUGUGACUCAGGAUUCACUCCACCUCCCUUAAUGUUCUAAAGUCUGGAUCUUCUUUGAGAAGAUGCUGCCAGACUCUUCCAUUGGUCAGCAAGCUGCUUCCACAUGAUGAGUGCAAUGUCACAAGACCAGUUUGUCCUAGUACAUCCGAGCAUGCAUGCUGGCUGGUGUCUUUGUCUAAAAUGUUUAUCCUUUGUUCACACUGCAAAAGUGUUUUUUAAACAUCACAAUUUAAGACAUCACUGAAUUUUAAGCCAACCUACUGUUACUCUUGUUAAAAACAGAUCACAUAUUUUUGGAAAUAGACUCAUAGGUGUAAUUCACUUCCAUAUACUGUCUUCCCAUUCUUUGAGUAUUUAAUGUCUAUGUUCAGAAUGGAAUGCUGGCUUACUAUGCAGUAUAAUGUAUACAUGCAUGCUACAAAUGUUAAUCGUGCAAGAUGUCAAAUUUAUUUUUGUACUUUAUUAUUGGUAUUAUUUGAGUAAUUAUUAUAUAUCGGUUUUUAAAAAUACUAUUUUGUGUGAAAAUGUGUCUAAUAUUACUUAUAACACUGGAAAUGUUGAGUGUUUUGCACAGUGGGCUCUAUUUCCUGCUGCACAUUUGUUUAUCCAUGUAUUCCAAGCAUAUAUUCACAUACUUUGCGCAGUAUAUUGCAGAAAGGGACUAGUAUGGUAGUAAGCUAUUCUGAACAUAGUCUAAAUAAUCCCCCUAAAGAAAAAGCUAUAGUUUUAUAACACUUAAUAGAGAUUAUGGGAAACGUGGUUUUACCAUGUGACAACUGGUCACUGCCUCAAAUCUUGAAAAUUCCCUUUGUCCUUGGUUCAGGUUUAAUGUGUGCGAGUGUGAGGGAUCUUUUAACCCUCGUGAAAGGUUUACUUCUGACACGAGCUUGUGUACCAAAGCCUCUUAAAUAUCAUCCUUGUCAUACAAAUGUGUCAUUUUAUUCCAUAACGCGAAGACUGUUGAUUAGGUGUACGAGACAAAUCAUUUCUUUUAUUUCUAUUGUGGGAAAAAAACAAGUCAUUUGUUGACCUCCUUUCCAUGUGAACUAUUGCACUGUAAAUACAAAGAGAAAAGCCCUGGAUUUCUAUGAGGACAGAACUGUCAACUGUAUUUUAGAUGCUAUUUUUUACUUUACUUAUAGAGACUGUGCUUCUAAGAAAUAUAUAUAUAUUAACCUGGAGAGCUGUACAAUUUGAAUGUGGGAAACCUUUGUUACUUGUUGACUGUUAUGUCCCUUAUCAACGUUGUGCACUGGUUUCUAUUCGUUUAAAACAUAUAUGUACAUUAUGUUUGGAGGCCAACAUCAGAAUGAUGAAGUAUGUAUUCUAACGGAUGUAUCAGUUACCUUGAAUGUAUAUGUAUUUAUGUAUUCUGAAAAACAAGUUGUUCAUUAAUAAUAUUAAAACCCUUUCAUAUUCAGAAAGUACAAAGUCUCUUGAAAAUUCGGCAAUUCAAGGACUACAGUUUCUGUGCCACUGAAGUUUCAGUGCUCGAAUUGAACCAAGUCUUAUGGGGUCCCCCCAGAAGCUUUUUUUUGGUGGGGGUCAGUCUCCCAACACACAAUUUAUACAAAAUACACACUAUAUUUCAGAAUAAUAUGCAUAACUAUAUACUAAUGAAAAACAGGCCUACAUAAAAGAACAGGCUUUUUUUGGGGUGGGGCGUUUCAAAUAUAAAGAGACAUGACAACUAGCCAUUGUAAAUAAUUAAUUCCCGAAAUGUACAAUAUCCAUAGCAUGAAUUUAAUCACAAUAGUCAUAAUUUUUACUCGAACAAAAAUAUCAAUAUCCGAGGAACCCCCUAAAUCUAUUUUUUACAUCUUAUGGGGAGUCCCUAAUGCCUUAAGGGGGGUCCCGGAUCCCCCCAGCCCCCUUCAAUUCGAGCACUGCUGUAGGUUUAUUACAAAACAAUACACUUUAAUUAUAGUAAACUCGUUAGUUUUUUUGUAUCACCAUUUGUGUAACACCAUAAACACGUUAUGUGGCCCAAAGUUAACUUCUGGGAGACAUCAAGAAAGAAUCAAUAACUGUUGAGUAGUUUUAAUUCAUUACAUGUAGGCUACUAUACAAUAAAAGAGUAAUAUAAAUUAAAAUAUAACUUUGUUACCGGUUAUGGCUAUAAUUAUCACUCACCGGAAGCUACAUUCGGGCCAGACGUGUCACAGUUAUAUUCUGAACUAUAACAAUAUACUACAUGUAACAUAAUUAAACUAAGGGCCAUAGAAAACCAUACUUCAAGUACAUACGUUACUAUUUUAAAGUAGGCUAUAGUUCGCUUUAAACACUUGGCUUCUCUUAUGUUUAUGUCAACAUAAACGGUUACAUUGCAUUUUAACUCUAAUGUUGUUUAACAUUUUGUUCAAAUUUAUUUGAAGAUAAUCUUACAAUUUCAGUCCUAAGCAAAACUCACUUGACGCUUCCUUCGUCACACAUUCGCAGUAUAUUAAAGUGACCACACGGGGGCGUCAAAGUUAAGCAGAUACUUGUCGAAAGU